ACUGGUAUCUUUUAGAAUGACAGAAACUGCAACUGAAACCGCUCCGGCCCCUCCCCCGGCAGAACCCGCCGCUGCCAAGAAGAAGCAGCCCAAGAAGGCGGCAGCGGGAGGCGCCAAAGCCAAGAAACCCUCCGGGCCCAGCGCGGCCGAGCUCAUCGUGAAAGCCGUGUCCGCCUCUAAGGAGCGCAGCGGGGUGUCCCUGGCCGCUCUCAAGAAGGCUCUGGCUGCCGGAGGCUACGAUGUGGAGAGGAACAACAGCCGCCUCAAGCUGGCUCUCAAGGCCUUGGUCACUAAGGGGACUCUCACCCAAGUCAAGGGGAGCGGAGCCUCCGGAUCCUUCAAGCUGAACAAGAAGCCGCUGGAGAGUAAGGAGAAGGCGGCCAAGAAGAAGCCAGCGGCGCCCAAAGCCAAGAAACCAGCGGCGGCGGCAAAGAAGGCGCCCAAGUCCCCUAAAAAGCCCAAGAAGGUGAAGAAACCGGCAAAGGCCGCCAAAAGCCCCAAGCAGCCCAAAGCGGCCAAACCCAAGAAGGUGGCCAAGAGCCCGGCUAAAAAGGCCGCCAAGCCCAAAGCUGCCAAGAGCCCGGCUAAAAAGGCCGCCAAGCCCAAAGCUGCCAAGAGCCCGGCUAAAAAGGCCAAGGCCGCCAACCCCAAAGCGGCUAAAGCAAAGAAGGCGGCACCUAAAAAGUAAUGUGGCCCCGGGGCCCCUGCGCAUCGCACCAAAGGCUCUUUUCAGAGCCCCC